ACUCUGUCUCCAUUUGAACAGACUAACGGUUACGUCCAACCCCCACGCGGGUUUUCCCCGGGGUAACCUUAAACAAUGUGGAAACUCACAACACGUGGUGUACAUACAGCAUGCUUGUAUAAAAUGACGAAAUGUUAUGUUCAAUCUGCCAAUCUGCAUAUGACUUGUGUUCAGGUUCGUUGACUUCUUAAGAGUUGUUCCUAGAUUCAGAGGUCCUCAGACAGUUGGAUACUGACGAACCAGGUAUAUGCGUCCGCCGUAUGUAAUCAACGACAGACGUGGGUCUUUUCCAUAACGCAAUGAACAUUUAAGCUUUAAAAAAAAAUUGGCUUCUUUUGUUUUUGUAAAUAAAAAAGAACCAUACAACUUGCUGCGCUUCAAAGACAUUGUAACUUGUUAUGCGUUUUGCAGAGUAUGGCAUUUCGAUGGAUAGAAUGGUUAAAAGAAUUAGUGACAUGAUUUCAGAUUCAUGACAUAUUGUUAGAUGUUUCAAUGUGUUUUGUAAAUCUUUAUUCUAACAAUUUAAAUUUAAAAAAGAAAAAAAAAAAAAAAUUGGCCAUAACUCAAGUAAUUGUUGAUGAACUAAAUUUUUUAUUGAGCUUUAAAGCAGAUGUGUUCAAGUUAUCUCCCGUAACUAAUUGCUAGUGAACAAUCGUCGUCUUAUAAAGCAGAUGUGUUCAAGUUAUCUCCCGUAACUAAUUGCUAAUGAACAAUCGUCGUCUUAUAAAGCAGAUGUGUUCAAGUUAUCUCCCGUAACUAAUUGCUAGUGAACAAUCGUCGUCUUAUAAAGCAGAUGUGUUCAAGUUAUCUCCCGUAACUAAUUGCUAGUGAACAAUCGUCGUCUUAUAAAGCAGAUGUGUUCAAGUUAUCUCCCGUAACUAAUUGCUAGUGAACAAUCGUCGUCUUAUAAAGCAGAUGUGUUCAAGUUAUCUCCCGUAACUAAUUGCUAGUGAACAAUCGUCGUCUUAUAAAGCAGAUGUGUUCAAGUUAUCUCCCGUAACUAAUUGCUAGUGAACAAUCGUCGUCUUAUAAAGCAGAUGUGUUCAAGUUAUCUCCCGUAACUAAUUGCUAGUGAACAAUCGUCAUCUUAUAAAGCAGAUGUGUUCAAGUUAUCUCCCGUAACUAAUUGCUAGUGAACAAUCGUCAUCUUAUAAAGCAGAUGUGUUCAAGUUAUCUCCUGUAACUAAUUGCUAGUGAGCAAUCGUCGUCUUGAGGUGUAAGAAUUACCCAGUGCAUAAUUCACAACGUUGUACACCUUUUGUACAUUAGUAAAUUUGAGUACACAUUUAACAUUGUUGAGGUUGAGUGCAGAUUUUACAUUGUUUAUGGUGUGUACCAUAGUUUUUUUUAAAUUGAUUAUGUGUACAUAAUUUAUUUUGCUUUAUAUCAUCUAUUUAUUAUGUCCAUUUGUUUCAACAGUGCCAGAUUUGAAAAAAUUCCCAGAAUGCCAUCGCUCCGUCUUGUCGUGGGCCUUGCACUGAUUAGCCAACUGGCAACACAAACGGCCGGUCAGUACUUCUUUAUCCCUGACGCUACAUUGAAUGAUUUCAACAGCAGCCCGUACUACUGCACGGGCCUGAUCAGCUCUCAGUCGGUCAAGACCUGCCCUGCCACUCUGUGCUACCUGAAGGUCGCUAAGGGGCUCUGUUGUAUGGGAGCCUACCAAACGAGUAGGUGAAACUUUUCACUUAACUUUUAAUUAUGCAGCAGUCGUCAUUAUGUCAGAUAUUGAAAGGGACUCCGCUGUUUAACGCUAAAGCUAAUGGGAGAAAACGUUGAAGUUGUAAGCGUUUAUAAAAUGAAGUUUACUUCAAUAAAUAUUUUUCUAACCAUUCAACUGUGGAUUAGCUAGGAUUAGUGCCUCCCGGGUUAGGUCAAGAAUUAUAAAGCCCCCAUUCCACCAAAAAAAAAAAAAAAAUCUUUGGAGUUGGCUGAAAAUGCCGACCCUCCGUGUAAAGAAAAAAAUUCCUCCCAGGCCUGACCGCCCCUCUGCAUCUCCCUACACACGAGUAUGCAUUUCAAUCUAAUUUGAAUUUAAAUAGAUAAAACAUACAAAAAUGACAUAAAAAUGCUGCUGCCGUCAACGAGUCGGACAUUCCUGCGGCCUCUAUUUAGCUCUAGGGGCCUCCGGUUAGACAGCAACAUUAACAUCUAGUUAGACUGUCCUUGGGCCUCCAGUUAGACAGCCGGGGAACAUAAUAAUAAUAAUAAUAAUAAAGUUCAUUUCAAAAACACGCUUCAUCCCCAAAGGCUCGACAGUCGCAGCAGCCUCCAGCUAGACAGCCACCGUAGCCUCCAGUUAGACAGCCGCGGGAACCUCCAGUUAGACAGCCGCGGUAACCUUCAGUUAGACAUCAUUUUGGCCUUUAGUUAGACAGCUCUUUGGCCUCCGGUUAGACUGCCAUUGGUCCUACAGUUAGACAGCCUUUGAGCCAGGGGUCUCAAACUCGCGGCCCGUGGGCCAUUUUCGGGCCAAAAGGCGAUAUUUUACGACCCGUUACAUGACAUCAAAGUUUAGUGUUAAUGCGGCCCCCGCGUUUUCCCAAUUCUCUCAUAUCUAUAAUGUGACUCCGCGAUGGUUUCAGUCGCAUCUCACCAACUAGUCUAAUGUUAAUUAGUAUUAUGCGUGUAUAGAUGCAUAUAGGCUUGGAAGUGGAUUAUAAUGUUAAACAUAUUCUUAAAACGAGACUAAAAGCUUUUACUUGAUAGCAUUUUACGAGACAAACAUGGCCAAGGUGCGGUUUUGAGAAAGGCUUAUAAAGUCAGUUAGUGGUUACUGCACAACGAUAAUUGUCUAAAUCGUAGCAAACUGAUACAGGAUCAAAGAAUCCCUAUUUAAAUGGCCGCUAGUGUUUAAGAGUGAAGGAAAUUCUGAGCCUGUCAGCAUGGUCACUUUCAAAAUCGGAUAGGGUCAGUAAAGAAGGCCUUUUCUACGAUAAAAAAAUACAAAAAAUUACUCCCUACAAUAGCAUCUCCCCUUGCAUUAAUAAUUCAUAAAUAUUGCCUGCUCCUGCCUACUGUAUGAACACGUUUUAGCAUUUAAAGCCAUAAUAGAGAAGAAUGGUGUAGUUGUUCCUGUAUUAAAUUGUCGCAAAUGACUUAUGGACUUGGCUUUUCUUUUUGACAAUACACAGGAGCUGAAGGUACUCAACAAGGAGUUACAAGACCAAGGGUAGCUUGUUAGUGUUGCCUAUGACAAUGUCAGGCAUUCUGCAAAAAAAAAAAACAAACAAAAAAAAACUUGCUUAAUUGUUCUUUGAGAAACCUCUGCUAUUUCCCAACAUGCGAAGUAUUCAUAGACUUCGGCACAUCAUUUAGUAGUAAGUAGACUGAUGACAUUGCAAAGCUACAGGAAGAAUUGGAUCACAUGUUAGCAUUGCAGACUUUAAAACACACACAGCCACUUUUCAACUUUUUGCUGACCCUUCUCCUUUAAUGUGGAAGAUGCCCCCCCCCCCAAAAAAAAAAACACACCCCUUUUUGCACUUUACAUGGAGCUGAUUGAUCUUCCGUUCAAUUCUAAGGUCAAGGAGGUGAAUGGAAAAACAGACAAGCUUGGACAAUUUGUGAGAGCAUUGCCCUCCACCUUCCUUGAGAUUUCCAGGUUGUAUAAGCGGAUCGUGUGCCCUUUUUGGAGAGUACUUUCCUGAGUGAAAGUCUCUUUUCCACUAUGAACAAGUCAAAGUUCAGGGCCAAACUAACUGAAUAGCAUCUUCAAACUCUACUGAGGGUCUUAGUUGCUUGCACACUCAAGCCAAAUGUUGGUCAGCUGUGCAAGAGGAAGCACUGCCAGUUCUCUGGCAACAAGGAGUAGGAGGAAGAAAGUGAAACCUAGUAGUUCUUGAGAACCCUUAAUGUUUUUAUUUGUUUUUUUUAUAAAGGUUGAGAAGAUUGUAACAGUUGUACGUUAUUGAAUUUGUUAUCGCUUUUUGUGUGUGGAAGACUUGAUGCGGCCCAGUCUCACUCAGACUCUACCUCCUGCGGCCCUCGGAUGAUUUGAGUUUGAGACCCCUGCUUUGAGCCUUCAGUUAGACAGAUGUCUGGCCACCAAUAAGACGGUCCUGGGGCCUAUCAUUAGACAGACCUGUAAAGCACUGUUCACUUUCAUCUUUCAGAUCUUGGAUCUGUGUAUCAACAAUGUAUCUGUAGAAAUGAUAUCGCCUGCAGCUACACCGCAUCGCCAACAACAGCAACCACAGUCGCCACGGGGAGAUAACCAACCUAACAUAAAAAAGGGGACAUCAUUUUGAGGUAAACACAUUUUUAUGUAGUGGAACUUUCUCGUGAUAAUACUAAAUAAUAGUUUGUACGUUCUUAACACUAUGAGACACGUACCAUAUUUGACUUACUCCAACCACGUUUUCUGGUUGCGUCAUUUGUGUCACUUAUUAAUUAUAUGUUCUUAUUUCUUUUACUCUAGAUCCGAUAGAGAAGUGUUUAAACUGGCUGCACUAUGAUGAGAUGUACGAUAAGCGCAAUGUCUUAAGAACAGAAUGUUAAAAAAAAACUAGCUAUCAUGUCAUUAAUACAACUUUGAUUCGUACAUAAUGUAUGAUUGAAUUUUUUUUAUGGAAAUUAAAACUGCUUGGAACUAUG